AUGAGAAACGUAUCAGAUCAAACGUCGGUGAUGGAUGAGAUUGUGAAGUUGGAACAGUGGAAACAGAUCCGGAAAUUCAUGUCGGCGGGAUUUUUUGUCACUGAAUCACUCAACCACUUUGCUCACCUCUCGAGUUUGGUUACUCUCAUGGAGACAGUGAAAACAGAUGAGCUAUUGUCUUUGAAAGAGAGGUUUGUGGCAUCAUCGACUCGUCUUUAUUUUGAUUUCAAAUAUAACAAGUUCGUGGACGGACAGCGUCUUGUGGAAGUAUUUGGUCCUUUGAUGAAUGGAAAAAGAGAGUGGGAAUUCGAUGCGGCUGAUGGACUAGGAAAAGUGAAGAUCAGUGUUUGGGUGCCGAAUAAAUCUAUUAAAAUCGAACAUAUGAUUAACUUACUCGAUUUGCCGGAUUUGGCCAUGAGCAAUGUAUUGGGAUACCUUGAUCUCAACGCAAUCCUCACCCUCCGAAAAGUGAAUCGAGGACUUCGUGCAUUUGUCGACGAGGAAAAGCCAGAUUUCAAAAUCAAGAUUCUCUCCAUCUGGUUGGAACCCGACAAUGUUAGCCUCAGAUUCUUUAUCGACGAAAAAAAUCCGAUCCGAAUAGAAUAUUGGAAAAAAGGGGAUACAACUUCGGUGUCUUGGAGACGAACACAAAUUGUCAACCUCGACAUCAUGAAGGCGUGCGCCAAUGAUUUGGAGAUCAUUUUAAAGAAUCAGAAAUCUAUUUCCAAGGAAAUCGGAGUGUCGUUCAAUAUCCCAGAGUUUCAGCGGAGAGCGGAUGCCAACGAGUACAAAGCACUAUUGAUUCAGCGGACUGAACCAUUCCUGGCGGACCUCAAAAGAAUUCUCGGAUCCCGGAACCACAAGAUUCAAACCAGAUUGUUGCGGAUGGACGUCAUCGAUCAAUUCCAAAUGAUGGCGGUCCUCCCUUAUCUUUGCCCGGAGACGUUACGUGUUAUGAGUUUAAGAUCCUCGGGUCAUGUACCAGGUCACACAUUGAAGAUGGAUGAGAUUGUGAAGUUGGAACAGUGGAAACGCAUUCAGAAAUUCAUGUCGCAGGGGUUUUACAUCACUGAAUCACUCAACCACUUUGCCCACCUCUCGAGUUUGGGCCAUGCCCUUAUGAAGACUGUGAAAACAGAUGAGCUACUGUUGUUAAAAGAGAUAGUAAUUGCAUCGUCCACUCCAAAAUAUUUUCAUUUCAAUUACUGUGAAUUCGUGGAUGAAGAGCGUCUUGUGGAAGUUUUUGGUCCUCCGAUGAAUGGGGAAAAAGAGUGGCAGUUUGAUGCUGCUGAUGGACGAGGAAAAGUGAAGUUCAAUGUUUGGCAUAAUGGAGGGAUGGCUAACUUACUCGAUUUGCCGGAUUUGGUCAUGAGCUAUUUAUUAGGAUACCUUGAUUUCAACGCACUCCUCACCCUCCGGAAAGUGAAUCGAGCACUUCGUGAAUUUGUCGACGAGAAAAAGCCAGAUUUCAAAAUCAAAACACUCUACAUCUUAUUGAGACCCAACAAGGUCCGCGUCUCAUUCUACUUCGACGAAAAUGAUCCGAUUCGAGUAGAAUACUAUGGGAAAGUAGGGGAUCCAACUUCGGUGUCUUGUAGACGAAGAAAAAUUGUCAACAUCGACGUCAUGAAGGCGUGCACCAACGAUUUGGAGAUAAUUUUGAAGAAUCAAAAGUCUAUUUCCAAAGAAAUAGGAGUGUUCUUCUAUCUCCAACAUUAUAAGAAAAAGUCGUGGAACGACGAGUAUGACGCACGAUUGAAGCAGCGGACAGAGCCAUUCCUGGCGGACUUCAAAAGAAUUCUCGGAUCACGGAACCACAAGAUUCAAACCAAAUUGUUACGGAUGGACGUCAUUGAUCAAUGUCAAGUGAUGGCUGUCUUCCCUUGUCUUUGUCCAAAGACAUUACGCGAUAUGACUUUGAGAGUCCUGAGAAAAGUACCAGGUCAAACAUUGGAGAUGGAUCAGAUUGUAAAAUUGGAACAGUGGAAACGUAUUCAGAGAUUCUUGUCGGAGGGAUUUAGAAUCACUGAACCACUCCAUUACUUUGCCCACCUUUCGAGUUUGAACACGUACAUGGAGACAGUGAGCACAGAUGAGCUGUUCAUGUUGAAAGAGAGGUUUGUUGCAUCAUCAACUCCUCUUUGUUUUAAUUUAAAAUUCGAAUGGUUCCUGAACGGAGAGCGGCUCGAGGAAGUGUUUGGUCGUCUGCUGACCAGAGAAGUGGCAUGGGAAUUCGAUGCGGCUGAUGGACAAGGAAAAGUGAAAAUUAUUGCUUCGGGAUGUGAAUCUAUUAGAAUCGAACAUGUACGUUCUGUGUUAUGA